UGCUCAGAAAUUAAUGCAACGACAUGUAAAAAUCUUCAAUAUCAUUCUCUUCUUGCAUAUGAAAAUGUGUACCAUUUCAGCUAUGUUGACGAUGAUGCUGCAGCCCGUAAAGGAACAGACAUGGAGAGUUGUAAGAAGGAAUGCUUGAAAAAUUGUUCAUGCAAAGUUGCUUUAUUUCGGUACCGUGAUAAUUUUCUCUUAGGGGAUUGUUUUUUACCCUCUCCAGUUCUUUCGCUCAUAAAUGCUGAAGACACUAAACGACAAAUAGAUUAUAAAUCAUAUGCCUUCAUCAAAACGCUCAACGAUAAAGAAAAUGGAAGAUCAAAUACCAGUACCGAGAGACCCGCAUUAACGUCAAGAUCAAAUAUGAGAACUAAAAUAGUAGCAGGAUCGGCGAUCAGUGCCUUCCUUCUUGUGGGUCUGGCCAUUGGCUUCUUGUUUGUGCUUUUAAGAAACAAAAGGGAUAAAGAGGAAUGCAUGGAAGAUAACUUUGAUAUACUGUCAGGAAUGCCUAUGAGAUUCACUUACCAAGAAUUGACAGUAGCCACAGGGGGUUUUCAAGAAAAGCUUGGAGAAGGAGGGUUUGGAUCAGUUUUUGAAGGCACUCUUCAAAAUGGAGAUAAAAUUGCAGUCAAGCGCCUCGAUGCUAUAGGCCAAGGAAAGAAGGAAUUCUUGGCUGAGGUCAAGACUAUAGGAAGCAUCCACCAUGUUAACCUUGUGAGGCUAAUCGGCUUCUGCGCAGAAAAAUUGCACAGGCUUUUGGUGUAUGAGUUUAUGUGUAAUGGGUCUUUGGAUAAAUGGAUUUUCUGCAAAGAACCGCUGCUACGACCUCCUCUAGACUGGCAAACUAGAAGGACAAUAGUCCUAGACAUAGCAAAGGGGCUGGCCUAUCUCCAUGAAGAAUGUAGACAGAGAAUAGUACAUUUAGAUAUCAAACCCCAAAAUAUACUACUGGAUGAAGAAAUUCGUGCGAAGAUAUCAGAUUUCGGCUUGUGUAAGCUGAUUGAUAGAGAUCAAAGCCAAGUGGUAACCACAAUGAGAGGAACUCCAGGCUAUUUGGCCCCUGAAUUGUUGAGCUCAGUAAUCACAGAGAAGGCAGAUGUUUAUAGCUUUGGCAUUGUAGUCAUGGAAGUAGUUUGUGGAAGGAAAAAUUUAGAUAGGUCACAGCCUGAGGAAUGUAUGCAUUUGCUCCCAAUUUUCAUGAGAAAAGCAGAAGAGGAUCAAUUGGUAGAUAUGGUCGACCGAAGUAAUCAGGAUAUGCAACUUCAUAACUCAGAAGCUGUACAGAUGAUGAAGGUGGCAAUUUGGUGUCUGCAAAGUGAUUACAAAAGGAGGCCUUCCAUGUCAGAUGUGGUUAAAGUCGUAGAAGGUAAUUUGGAAGUGGAAGCUGACCUAGACUACACCAUCCAUAAUCUAACAACAGUAGCAGCGACAAUAAGAGAGGCAGAGCAGGGAACCACAACUCCAAUACUGCCAUCCCUUCUAUCGGGACCGAGGUGAUUUAAUGAUGAUUUUCGAAAUCAUGGUUCUCUAUUUCUUAUUACUUAUUUUAGUUGUUGUGCUUUAUAUGUUCCUGCAAUUCCAC